AUGUCGGAUGCAGGCCAAGGCUCGCCGAACGGCGCAGGGGGCGAUAUGGGCCAGACGCCGGCCGGGAACAACGAGCACUUAAACAUCAAGGUCACGGACGGGAACAACGAGGUCUUUUUCAAGAUCAAGAGGAGCACAAAAUUAGAAAAGCUUAUGAAGGCUUUCUGCGAGCGGCAAGGCAAGGACCCCAAAACCGCUAGGUUUCUAUUCGAAGGGCAGAAAGUGCAGACAGGCGACACACCAGAAUCGCUCGAGAUGCAGGAUGGCGACUCUAUCGAGGUUCAUCAGGAACAGAUUGGUGGCUCUGCGUGA